AUGUCGUCAACUAUUCACCAGGCCACCUGCUCGGCACCCGUCAACAUUGCCGUCAUCAAGUACUGGGGCAAGAAGGACACCACGCUCAUCCUCCCCACCAAUGACAGUCUGUCGGUGACGCUGGAUCAGGACCACUUGCGCUCCGUCACCACCGCUCGCGCCGACGCUAGCUUCGGCUCGCAAGACCGCCUCUGGUUGAACGGCGAGGAGGAGACCAUCAAGGCUGACGGCCGUCUCCGCAGGUGCAUCGACGAGAUGAAGAAACUCCGACAGGCCAAGGAGGCCAAGGAUGCCCAGCUGCCCAAGCUUUCGGAAUGGGCCGUGCACGUAUGCUCCGAGAACAACUUCCCUACCGCUGCUGGACUCGCUUCUUCCGCGUCUGGUUUCGCCGCACUCAUCGCCUCGCUCGCCGCACUCUACGAGCUGCAACCCGAAGUGUCCAGCUCAGAACUCUCACGCAUCGCCCGUCAGGGAAGUGGAUCCGCCUGCCGCUCGCUCUUUGGCGGCUACGUCGCUUGGCAGGGAGGAGAGCAGCCUUCCGGUCACGACAGUCUGGCGGUCGAAGUGGCACCCCAAUCGCACUGGCCCGACCUUCAGGCGCUCAUUUGCGUGGUCAGCGAUGCCAAGAAGGGCACACCCUCGACUGCAGGCAUGCAGCGCACCGUGCAGACGUCUCCGCUGCUGCAGCACCGUAUUAAGGAGGUGGUGCCCCAGCGCAUGGUCAAGAUCUCGGAAGCCAUCCAGAAGCGCGACUUUGACGCGUUUGCCGACAUCACUAUGGCCGACUCGAACAACUUCCACGCUUGCUGUCUCGACACGGCGCCGCCUAUCUUCUACAUGAACGACGUCAGCCGCGCCAUUGUGCAGCUCGUCGAGGAGCUCAACCGCGCCAGCGAAGCCGAAGGCAAGGGCAAGCUGGCUGCGUACACGUAUGAUGCCGGCCCGAACGCGGUGCUGUACGCUCCCAAGGCCAACAUGCCUUUGAUCCUGCAGACGAUCCGCCACUACUUCCCCAACGCCGACUUUGACGACACCUUCGACCUGCUCGGCAAAGGCGCCAACGCAUCGCACCGAGGUGCUCAAGAGUCACUGGACCUGCCAUCGUCGCUGCCUGGCUCGUUCAACGCCAACGUGAUCCCAGUGCACGAGGCCGGUGCCGUUCGGCGUCUGAUCCACACCCAGGUCGGGGAUGGACCACGUGUGCUCGAGCGUGGCGCGGGCAAGGAGUCGUUGCUCAACGAGGCGGGUGAGCCAAUCCGUCUACAGCGUGCCAAGCGCGCAUGA